GUAGCGGGUGCUCCACCACUCACCUGUGGAGCACCACCAAUAGGUCUCCCUUGUGGAACCCCGCCUCCACUUGGUGCUCCUCCACCUGGUGCUCCUCCACCUGGUGCUCCUCCACCUGGUGCUCCUCCACCUGGUGCUCCUCCACCUGGUGCUCCUCCACCUGGUGCUCCUCCACCUAGUGCUCCUCCACCUUGUGCUCCUCCACCUGGUGCUCCUCCACCUGAAGCCCCUCCGCCUGGUGCUCCUCCACCUUGUGCCCCACCUCCUGAUACCCCACCUCCUGACGCACCUCCUCCUGACGCACCUCCUCCUGACGCACCUCCUCCUGCUCCACCUCCACUGGGUGCCUGUGCUAGGCCUCCGUUUGUUGCGACAUGUCCUGGUGCUCCUCCAUUGGCACCCCCACCCCCUCCAGCAGAGGCGGCUCCUCCACCACCACCACUUGCACCACCGCCUGGGGUAAGAUUGACAGAGCUCUGUCCACCAUUUCCACCCUUUUGCACUUGUGCAGGGGCAGCACCUGCUGCGUCAACCCCGCCUAUUUUCUCAAGACCAGCAUUACCAUUAAUCGAGGCCCCAGUUGUACCUGGUAUAGUGCCAAGCCCUGUGGAUCCUGGUCCAAACUUAGCUCCUUGUAAAGCCGCAUUACCAGGAGCCAUCAUUGCUUUCCCUGUUUGUUCAGCAUUUUUCGCGGCCUGGUUCAAUGCAUUUGCAGUUUGCUUAAGCCCGUUUGUCCCUGCCUCCAUCAAGGAUGCACCCUUAGCAGAUCCACUAGGCCCCCCAUUACUUGCUGCUUCAGCACCUCCCUUCACCCCAGCUUGCUUCCCUUGA